GUUUUGUUUAUGUCUACGUCACGCAACUCCCACAUUCUAUCAGAUUCAAGAUGGCUUCUGGGGAUAACAGCGGCAGGCCUCCCUGCCUAAAUUUAUCCGGCCCAGGGCCUUUAGGAAAUGGCCAGCCCAGCAACAGUGCUUAUUCAAUGCCUAUGUCCAACGGCGGGCCUGUUGGUGCUACCGGAGGGACUCAGGGGGCUGCAAGGCGCCCCAACCCGCAAUCGGGGCCUGGCGGAGGUGAAAGCGCCGGUGUUGUUGCUGGAACUCCACCGACUGCACAUAACGCGAUUCAGCAAGCGCUAGCUCAAAGCGCCUCGGCAAGAGCGAUGGAGACCUCCGCUACGAACAUGACGUCGAAUGCUUCGGCUGCGAGUGUACCAACGACCCAUUCCUCGUUAUUGUCAGCACCAGCGGCCGCUGCUGUUUUGGUUUACCGGGAACCCGUGUACAAUUGGCAGGCGACGAAAAGUACCGUUAAGGAACGGUUUGCUUUCCUGUUCAAUAACGAAGUUCUGAGUGACGUUCAUUUUCUGGUGGGGAAAGGUAUGGGAGUGCAGCGAAUACCCGCACACCGAUUCGUUCUUGCUGUGGGCAGCGCAGUCUUCGAUGCCAUGUUCAACGGGGGUAUGGCGACCACUUCAACGGAAAUCGAACUGCCAGAUGUCGAACCUGCAGCCUUUCUGGCAUUACUGAAGUUUCUGUACUCUGAUGAGGUUCAGAUAGGACCUGAGACAGUGAUGACCACUCUGUACACGGCUAAGAAGUAUGCAGUGCCAGCCCUGGAGGCCCACUGUGUGGAGUUCCUCAAGAAGAACCUGCGGGCAGACAAUGCUUUCAUGCUGCUCACUCAGGCUCGACUGUUCGAUGAGCCCCAGCUUGCCAGCCUGUGUCUAGAGAACAUCGAUAAGAACACUGGAGAUGCACUCGCCGCUGAGGGUUUCACGGACAUAGAUCUGGAUACAUUGGUGGCUGUGCUGGAGAGGGACACUCUAGGGGUGAGGGAGGUGCGUCUUUUUGUGGCGGCGGUGCGCUGGGCAGAGGCAGAGGCCCACCGACAGCAGCUACAGCCCACUCCAGAGAACAAACGCAGGGUCCUGGGCAAGGCCCUCGCCCUGAUCCGCUUCCCACUCAUGACUAUUGAGGAGUUCGCUGCAGGGCCAGCCCAGUCUAGUAUCCUGACAGACAGGGAGGUGGUGAGUCUGUUUCUUCACUUCACAGUGAACCCUAAGCCCCACGUAGAGUUCAUCGACCGGCCUCGCUGUUGCCUCCGGGGGAAGGAGUGCAGCAUCACACGCUUCGGACAGGUGGAGAGCCGCUGGGGCUACAGCGGAACCAGUGACCGCAUACGAUUUUCAGUGAAUAGGAGGAUCUUCGUGGUGGGCUUUGGCCUCUACGGCUCCAUACACGGCCCCACAGACUACCAAGUCAACAUCCAGAUCAUUCAUACAGACAGUAACACAGUGCUGGGUCAGAACGACACAGGCUUCAGCUGUGAUGGCUCGUCCAACACCUUCAGAGUCAUGUUCAAGGAGCCGGUGGAGAUCCUGCCCAACGUCAACUACACAGCCUGCGCCACACUCAAGGGUCCUGACUCACACUACGGGACCAAGGGCAUGCGUAAGGUGACCCACGAGUCUUCCUCAACCGGCACCAAGACCUGCUUCACCUUCUGCUACGCUGCGGGCAACAACAACGGCACCUCAGUAGAGGACGGACAGAUCCCCGAGGUCAUCUUUUACACAUAGUCCCCUCUGACCUGACCUUAUGACCUCAGGGGGCUCGGGGAUCACAGGAUUGCUGAGACUCUGACCCUGUUUGAAUAUGUAUCAAAAGCCUAUCUUCACCCUGUGGACCUUCCUUGGUGAUGUACAGUAUCUCUGAUCGUAGGUGAUUGUUAAAUGUACAGGGAAACAUUGCUUUCACGCACUCAGACCUGUCGGAGGGAGGGGGCGAGAAGGCAUUUGUCAACUAUUCAAACAUGGUAUUUUUCUUUCUCUCAACUCCCCCCUUCCAUUACCCACUGAACGUGGAGAGGAGCCUGUUUGAUGUUGAGGGGGAGUAAAUUCUGAGUCGGGUUGUUUUUACUGUUACUAUGACAGUCGUCUUGUCUGCUUCCAGAGUCUUGGGGUUAAGUCCCAGAAUGGACUGGUGGAAGAGUCUUAAACUUGUCAGAAGUAUUUACAUGGGAAAAGGAGGAAAGCUUGACAUGCAUUUAAAUACCACCCUCUGUCUGCCUGCAUACAAAAGAUUGAGAUGUAUCCAGGGGCUCUAAUGUAUGUACAGACUGUUACACUACCACUCAGAAGGGUUUCUUCAAAUAGGCUCCAUCUCUGAUCAGUGACCCACCAUACUUCAGACUACUCCAGUCGCUAUUCCUUUGCUCUAGCUCUUCAGGGAGUACAAAUAUGAAUGGACUGGAUAAAUGUGUGGAAGUUUUCUACUCAGCCUAUUGAAGGGCUGGUGGGGGCAAUCACAAGCUUAUACUUUUCCUAUCUCUUCAGAUCUUGUACCACGGAAGGAAAUAAGAGACUGGAAUGGGAUUGGGCCUCUUUGUCCAUUCCACACUGGAGUUAUGAUGGAAAUAACCCAGUCUCUCCCUGCUUCAAUGGGGAGUCACAGCCCAGGGCCAUGUGACAGUCUCGAGUUACACCAUAGACUAGUGGCCAAAAAGCUGUAUUAACAUGGGCUUCCACAAUUUUAAUGUAGUCAACUGGGUUGGACUUCCAACUAAAUUGGCUGAUCCCUCCUGGUGACAUGUCCAACUGGAUCAUCAGCCAAUUGUGAAGAGUAAUAUUGACUACUUCAAUAUGGAGAUAGCAUGGGCAGCGCCAUUGAGGCUAUAAUGGCACAGAUAAAGAUGAGUCCUCUCUGAGUUAUACUUAAUGAAACUUGGGGAAAUAUCUGCCCUCCUACCUGAUAUUUUAUUAAGACAACAUUUCAACCAUCAGGUCACCAUAUCGAAAUGUCUUCUCCCAGGAUAUUCAGCACUAAAACAAAGCUUUUGGAUUUGUUUGUUCUGCCUGUUUAAACAUGAAUAAGAGCUAGUGUAAAUCCAUCUUUAACAGCCUUGUCUUGAAAUGUCCAGCUGGGAAAAUUCUUUGCUUUCACAAAAUAAGUUUGUGGGUUGUAUAUUAUACUGGCAUUUAACAUUAAUGUAGUUUGAAUUCACAAUGGAUUAAAAUAUGUUAGUUUGUG